GUUCCUUAAUUCCUCCUCACUUUCUGCCAUCAAGGUUGUGUCAUCUGCAUAUCUGAGGGUGUUGAUAUUUCUGAAGUACUUUCAGAUUGUGGCGCCUUCAGAAGGAGCGUCUGGAGAAAGAGGAGAUUCGUGCCCAGGAAGCUCUCGCCCUCCUGGAGAAAAAGAGGCUGGUGAGCGCGUUUGAGGCCUGGCGUUCCCGCUACAGGGCAGCCCGGCGGAUCCUGCCAUUGGUGGCUCAGGUGCAGAGAGGGCUGCUAAGCCGCUGUUUCCAGGCCUGGAAGUCUGUCACCGACCGGGCGGCGCUAUGCAGGCAUGGCAGGGAACGCCUGCGACUCGAAUCCCUGAGGGUGCAUUUCCAUCAAUGGGCCCUGAUGUUGCAAGUCCGGGAAAAGGCCAAGAAGACUCUGCUGGAGCUGUGGGCCUUGAAGUGGAGGCGAGCCCACGCCAUUUCCCCAGUGACUCGCAAGAUCUCGCUGCCACAGAUCUUCACAUGCAAGCGCCGUUCCCUCUGGGUUAUGGCCACACCCAGAAUCGGAGGCAGCUGCUGGCGAAAUGCUUUGCGUUUUGGUCGGCCAGGACUGUGCAAAACCUGAAGGCAGAACAACACCGCAAGCGGGCUCUCCUCUCCGGGGCUUUCACUUCCUGGUCCGCGGCAGCCGACCGCUUUUCUACAUGGCGCAUGACUCUAGCGUGGUUGGAGAGGGCCAGGGGGCAGCGUCUUCUGGCGUCCUGCUUCGGGAGGUGGAAGGCGGAGUUCCAGAGAGCUGAGCGGCGACGGAAAGGCGAACGCCCACGGCGGAGACUGGCGGGGUACGGGGCGAUGUGGCGAUGGAGGAAAGCGAUCAGGGGGUCCUGGGCUCUGCGUUUUAGCUCCGUCAGCCAGAUCUCAGGCCCAACUGAACAGGCCUCGGUCCAGUAUACCUGAAGGAGC